GUGCGGUAGCGGUAGUUUUCAACGCCAUCUAGCGCUCAUAGUAAAAAACACAAUUACAAAACAACAGAUGGCAGUCUUAUUUUUCUCGAGCAUUCUAUCAAUUCUGUCAAGAUAACCGAUCAGUCUGAUCUUUCCUGCUUUCAGACAUUAGAUCAUUGAAUCAUAGUUCAUAUUCCUAAACUAAUUGAUUGACAAAUUUGAAUGAAAUAUCAUGGCGGGUAUGCGAGGAAGGCCACCGUCAGUUACAUCCCUAAAAAAUAAUGAAAAAGGCACGACAGUCCAUCAUAUGUCUACCCGAAAAAAGUCAGUGCCCAGUUCAAGUUCCAAGAAAAAACGUGCUUGUGACACAGAGCAACAGGAAGGGAACAAGAACAAUGAAACUGAAAGUUAGUUGCAAAGUGAAUCGUCAACUUCAACCUCAUUGCCAUUGUCAGUUGGAGCUGUUCCACAAAGAUCUACAAACACCCAAUCAUUAGAUCCAUCACGUAACUCACGAUACUCUUCCUCUUCGUCCCAUACUUCAACAUCAAGUCGUCAUAGUGUACCACAGGAUGUUCUGACAGAAGGACAUGUCAAGAGGCUUGCCUACCCAUUAUCUUUCUUUGAAUAUCAUGGACCUUCACAGAAAGAAGGAAAUUCACUAUACAUCUGCACAGUUAAGGGAUGCAAAAGAGAUAAACCAUUUUCCACCGUAAACAAUUCCAGGGGAAAUCUUCGUUCUCAUGUUAAAUCGUGUCAUAAGGAGAAGCUAGAGGAAUUCAAUGCAGUUUGCAGGGAUCUUGAUUCAAAGAAGGCAAUGGCUACAGGUUUACCUAUCUCAACCAAUAACAGUGCCAAGGACGAUCAGAAUCAGUUGGAGGGAAACGACGAAACGCAACAGAAAUCCUUUACUCAACAAAAGAUUCAUUUUUCGGGUUACAGGAAACCAUUGACAGAGAAGGAAUUGGACGCCUGCGUUACGAAAUAUCUUUGCGAUGGUGUUUGUGAAAAUGUUGGCCCCCCGAUGUAAAAUGAGAGGUCGGCGAUUUUAUCGGAAACAGAUUGCAGCAACGUACAUAACAAAGAAGGCGGUUCUUAAAAAUGAAUUGAAGGAGGAUGCCAAAUGAAUCUGCACGACAGCCGAUGGGUGGACGUCUCGAAGAAGAGCCUUUAUUGGAAUCACUGUCCAUUGGCUAAAUCAGAAUCUGAAAAGACGUUCUGCAUGCCUAGCUGUCCGCCGAGUUGUUGGCACAUGUGAUUAUGACGUUAUUGCGAAGCUUCUUGAAUCGGUGUAUGAGGAGUUCGACAUCUUGGACAAAGUUAUUGCGACCAUCACUGACAACGGAAGCAACUUUGUCAAGGCCUUUCGUUUGUAUGGAUCGAAAUCCAAGCACCAGAUGAUUACCCCCACUGUAACUACAGUACCUGCACCAGCCAUGACUGUUCGGGCAAGCACAUCUAGUGUUAGUAAAUCUAAUCGACUGGUUCAAGAAGAUGCUGAUAUUUUGGAUGUGCUUGACGAGGAAAAUUCUGAAUUUGCCGAAACAGACGACGAUUGCGAUGAUAUCGGUGGUGACCUUGUGAUUGACGACCGAGAGGCGGUCGAAAAUAAAGAAAAGGACCCUCAUGAUGAGGAAGAUGAACGCCACGAAUGGGAUAUAUUUGACCAAACUUUUCCUUUGAUGGACAUUUUAGAUGAACGUUUCACAUCUGAGAACGUCUACGUCUUGCCACCACAUCGACGCUGUGCAUGUCACACGUUGAACCUUAUCUGCAAAUGCGAUAUUUAUAAGAACAUGGAACCUUCUUUGAAGAAUCUUUUCGAAUCAACAGAUAAGAAAUUCAAGGCAAUAUGGGCCAAACAAAAUCGAAGCGCCAAAGUCUCUGAUAAUAUCCGCAAGCGCCUCGGCAAACUAUUUAUCAUAAAUAAUGAGACCAGGUGGAAUUCUUACUACAAUGCCAUGAAACGAGGCAAACAUUUCAUCAACAAGAAGCGUUCCGAGCUUAAAGCUCUUUUUGAAGUCUAUGGUAUUCAGUAUUUUCGUCCAGCUGAAGAAGAACUGGUGCGUGAAUACGUGAAGAUAAUGAAACCUAUGUCAGAAGCUCUGGAUGUCCUUCAAGCGGAUGUGAAGGUUUCGAUCGGAUAUCUCUUGCCAACGCUGACUAUCCUUAUUCAAAAACUGAAGAUGCUGCUUGACGAUAGGACGAUUAAGCAUUGCAAAUCCCUCAUCAGAGUAAUGCUUUCAUCAAUAAACACUCGCUUCCAAGACUGUUUUGAGAACCAGGAAUUAAUCUUAGCAGCCAUUUUGCAUCCUCACUUCAAAAACAAAUGGAUUUCGGAGGAAGAUAAGGAGGCGAAAACACAGCUACUAAUGAAUGCCUUUAAGUCACACAAACAAGAUCCAGUCCCAGUGAACGCAACAAUAGGAAAAGAGUAGCAACAGAAGAUGCCAGUGAAUCUCAAGACAGCGACUUCAGCCCAAGAAGGAAAAAAAAGAAAAAGGAUUUCUUUAAGGCAUUGUUUAAUCCAGUUGAUGCUGAUGUGUAUAAUGAAGUUGAUCUUUUUUUAUCGGAUACUUCAACAAAACUUUCAAGUCUGAAGAAAUAUCCGACUUUAAAACAGCUUUUUCUGAAAUACAACGCAGCACUUCCAUCCUCCGCAUCUGUGGAACGUUUGUUCAGCAUUGCUGGAAGGAUCUUUGUACCGCUGAGAAAUGGGUUGUCAGAUCAAAAUUUUGAAAAACUUUUGUUUCUGAAAGCCAAUAAACAUUUCUAAUUCAAAUUGAAUUAGAUUUCAAACAUUUCAACGCUUUUAUUUCAUUUUAUUAACAAUUUAAACCAAAACUACCGCUGAACGACUACCGCUAUCGCGGUAGCCCCUUA